AUGACAAAAUCAAGAAUAAUUACCGGAGUUCUGUCUCAGCUCCUUUUAACGGCCGUGAUCUCUCCGAUUUUGGCGGUCUCCGAUUUAUCGGACGGUGGAUAUAACGAGAGGUUUAAGAGACGUGAUCCUCUUAACAGCUUUAGGUUUUACGACGGUGGUUUCAAUGUACGAGACAAACAUUAUUGGGCAGCUACGGCAUUUACCGGAAUCCACGGUUACGCCGUCGCCGGAAUCUUGAUCAUCGCCGGUGUCUGUUUGACACUUUACGUAGCUUUCUCCGACAAAAGAAGACGCGUUUCUUCCACGCGCUACCGUUAUUAUCUCGACCGUUAUUAUCUUCCUCUGUUCUUACUUGUCCUCCUCUUCAUGUUUCUCGCAAUGGCAACGACAGGGAUAGUAAUAGCAGCGAACCAGAGCUCGAAGAACAGAACAGAGGAAAUGAAAGAAACCAUAGACAAAGCUGGAGAAGAUGUCGAAAGAACCAUACGUACAGUGAUCGUGUCUUUGACGAAGAUACAGUACCUGUUGCUUCCGUACGAUCAGAAAACGACUCAUCUUCUCAAUGUAACUAGCCAUCGACUCGGGAAAGGAUCUAGGCUUAUUCAAAGCUUUGUUCAUCGUAAUGAUCGUACCAUUGAUCUCGCAAUUAAAAUCUCGUAUGUAACUCAUCUUGUGAUUGCAUCGACCAACUUGUUCGUUCUGCUUCUAGCCUUUGUUCCUCUCUUGCUUCAUUGGUAUCCUGGACUCAUCAUGGUGAUCUUCUUGUGCUGGAUCAUAACCACUCUUUGUUGGGUUCUAACUGGAUUUGAUUUCUUCCUUCACACAUUCGCAGAAGACGUUUGUUCAGCUUUCAAUGGCUUCGUACAAAACCCACAAGACAACACAUUAACUAAUCUUUUCCCUUGUAUGGAUCCUCUUCAUUCUGAUAAAACCCUAAUCGAAAUCAGCUUAAUGAUCCAUAACUUCAUCACCGGGUUAAACUCAAAAGUAGCAGAUUCGAUGCGUUCUUACGCGUUGGCUGAUAGGAGCAAUGCUGUCUCCUCGGCGCCGGAAUCUGGACUGAUAUGUGAUCCGUUCGUCGGACAACAAAUCAAUAGCUACACACCACAAAGCUGCUCUAAUGGCGCAAUUCCAAUCGGCGAAUUCCCAAAUAUUCUUUCGAAAUUCACAUGCCACGAGAAAGAUCCACCGGAAACCUGUAGAAUCACCGGAAAAUUCAUCCCGGAAGCAGCUUAUCUUAAGGUCUAUGCUUAUAGCAACUCAGCUCAAGGCAUGCUAGACAUUUUGCCUUCUCUUCAAAACCUAACACAAUGCCUUGCCGUGAAAGACACGUUAUCGAGUAUCGUCUCUAACCAAUGUAAACCCUACAGGGCUUCGAUGUUUCGCCUUUGGGCAUCGAUGCUUGCUCUCUCUCUUCUCAUGAAGGUUCUGGUUUUGCUCUUCCUCGUUAAAGUUUUUCAAGAGAAAGGAAAGAGUUUUGCUUGGUUUUCGAUUUAUCCGAUUUCUUCAACAGAUAGACGACAAGUGAAUAUAUAG